AUGCCAAAGCCAAGACAACUCCUUCCCCUUCUCCUCCUUAUCACCAGCCUCAUCGACAAUGCCGGCGCCACCGCCAACCCAUGGCAGGAGCCCAUGCCCAACACGCAGCCCGCCGCGUUCCCCGGCGAGUGGCAGCUCCUCCACGCCAACAUCGGCGUCUCGGCGAUGCACAUGCAGCUGCUUCCGGGCGACUUCGUCCUCAUGUUUGACCGCACCGACACCGGCCCCUCCAACAUCUCCCUCGCCGCGCUGGCGCCGUGCGCGGCCACCGCCGACGGCGCCGACUGCACCGCGCACUCGGUGCUCCUUGACCUCCGCUCCAACGUGCUGCACCCGUACCCGCUCGCUACCAACCCGUGGUGCUCCUCGGGGGCCCUGCUCCCUAACGGCACGCUCCUCCAGACCGGCGGCUUCGCCAACGGCGACCGCGUCGCGCGCCUCUUCUCCCCGGCCACUGGGUGGACGGACCUCCCGUCGUUUCUGGCCGCCCGUCGGUGGUACGCCACAGACAUGAUCCUCCCCGACGGGCGGGUGAUAAUCCUCGGCGGCCGCCGGCAGUUCAACUUCGAGUUCUUCCCGCACGACGACGCGCCGGCUCUGACCUUCUUCCCGUUCCUGGACGAGACGACGGAGCUGGACAUCGAGAACAACCUGUACCCGUUCCUUCACCUCCUCCCCGACGGCACCGUCUUCGUCUUCGCCAACGACCGCGCCGUCGUCUUCGAACCCUACAACCGCGCCCCGCUCCGGCGCCUCCCCGCCGUCCCCGGCGGCGUGCCCAGGAACUACCCGUCCUCGGGGUCGUCCGUCCUCCUCCCACUCCGCCCAGACGCGCCGGCGCACGCCGAGGUGCUGGUAUGCGGCGGCGCGCCCCGUGGCGCGUACCACCUCGCGCUGCGCAACAACACGUUCGUCCCCGCCGAUCGGACCUGCGCCCGGAUCGCGCCGACGGACCCGGACCCGGUGUGGGCGAUCGAGGAGAUGCCGCUGGCCAGGGUGAUGGGCGACAUGGUGCUGCUCCCCACCGGCGACGUUCUGAUCGUGAACGGCGCGGCGGCCGGCACCGCCGGGUGGGAGCUCGGGCGGGAGCCCGUGACGCGGCCGGUGCUGUACACGCCAGACGCGCAGCUGGGCGCGCGGUUUGAGGUGCUGUCCGGGACAACGAUCCCGCGCAUGUACCACUCGGCCGCGACGCUGGACACGUACGGCCGCGUGCUCGUCGGCGGCAGCAACCCACACGUCGGGUACGUGUUCGCGAACGCGACGUACCCGACGGAGCUGAGCCUGGAGGCGUUCCUGCCUCCCUACAUGGACUCGCGGCUGGACGGGGCUCGGCCGCGGGUGCUGGCGGCGCCGGCUGAGGUCGGGUACGGCGAGGCGACGGCCGUGCGGUUCGAGGUGCCCGCCAGGGGCGACGUGGUGGCGGAGGGGCCGGCAGGGGAGGUGCGGGUGGCCGCGGUGGCGCCGGCGUUCGCGACGCACUCGUUCGGGAUGAACCAGCGGGUGGUGGAGCUCGCCGUGGGGAGGGUGGCGCAGCUGGGCAUCGGGGUGUACGAGGCUGAGGUCGCCGCGCCGCCCACGCCGGGGGUCGCGCCGCCGGGGUACUACCUGUGGUUCGUGGUGCGCGCCGGCGUGCCCAGCAGCGCGGCGUGGGUGCGCAUGCGGCCGCUCGGGCCAGCCACCUGA